AUGUCCCAGCCGAUGCUCGCUGAUUGUCGACCUCAACAAACAAAAGCAACCGUUGACUUUUUGAAGCGGUUCACCGACCAAGAAACACAACGUCGGAUCGCGAACCAGCCGAAGCCGUUCUCGGCUGAGGAGCACGCCGACCUACGCAAGCAGCUCAAGAACGUCAACUUCAUCAAGCCGAGAUAUGCAGACGAAACCGAGAUCAAUAUCGCGGUCGUAUGCAGGAAAUGGAAACGUUACUGUCAAGAGCAGAACCUCGGUGAAUGGCAAGCGGCCUUGGAAAACGUAAGUCGCGAGACAAUGAUGAGCUUCUUUCUCCGGAUCAGCGAGUGGUCGAUAGGGAAAAUCAAAUCCUGGGGUACGACGCAGGUAUACAUCCGGCAGUUUCAGCAGCUUUAUACCACCGUCGCCGGUCGCUACAUGGACAGGAAUGAUGCGAAAGAGCUGUAUAAGUUCCACCGCACGAUCCUGAUCCCCCGGUUCGGAUACCGGGCACCGAACAUCAACGGGAAGCCAGUCCUCGGAGCCGAUAACCUACUGGCCAUCUUGACAUUCAACAUUGCGUAUGAUACUGGUAUCUUCCCAUCAGAACGGCAGCGCACUCAGCUGGCUGGUUGCUACCAGCUCCUCUGCUACACUGGCGCGCGGCCUGCCGAGGUCGUGCAUGCCGAAAGGAAAAAACCCAAAGACGGAAGCACGGACGAGAUUUUCAAGCUCCAAGGCGUCAAGUCCCUUGAUACAAAGACUCCCUUCUCCUCGACAGAUUGCUGA